CCGCAGUUGAGUAGGAGUGGGUUAAUGAUGAGAGAUGAAGAAUUUAGUGACAGAGGUGAUAUUAGGGAACCCCCAUUGAGGAGGAGUGGGUUAAUGGUGAGAGAUGAAGAGUUUAAUGAUAGAGGUGAUAUGAAGGAACCCCAGUUGAGGAGGAGUGGGUUAAUGGUGAGAGAUGAAGAAUUUAGUGACAGAGGAGAUAUAAGGGAACCCCAGUUGAGGAGGAGUGGGUUAGUGGUGAGAGAUGAAGAAUUUAAUGAUAGAGGUGAUAUAAGGGAACCCCAGUUGAGGAGGAGUGGGUUAAUGGUGAGAGAUGAAGAGUUUAGGUAUAGAGGUGAUAUAGUGCAGCCUCAGUUGAAAUCGCCGCCUGUUUAUCACCAAGCGCAUGAAAAGUCUCAACAACAUCAUUAUCAGGCUUCUUUGAGUAGGGAUGAGGAAGAGAGUAGAAGAUAUGAGUUAUUUGAUUACGAGGACAGAUAUGAAGCUGCACGCCGCACUGGUGUGGAUUAUGAUUAUGAAUAUGAAUGUGCUAGAAGUGUUCAGGGCCAUAAUGUGAAUAUAGAGAGAGGUGGUGUGCAUCAUUUUGAGUUGGACAGACAUAAACAGUUGGGUUUGGAAGAUGGGUUAAGCCGAGGAGCUCAUAGUUUGCCCUUUGAUUCUCAAUCUGCCACAAAGUAUGUGGAGACUGCAAGGGGUCCUUUAUCAGCCCAUGUGCAACCCCAAGAGAUUAGGCUUAGGGAUGAGAUUGCUUGUUACCCUGAUCCUUUCCUUCUAGAUAAAUUGUCGGCAAUUGAAAUGCUUGAAAGAGAGGAAAGAACUAGAUUUCAUCCCAAAGAUGUUUCACGCUACACGGAGCCAGCGUUGCAGUCUAAGGAUCUUGCUCUCCCCUCUCAGUAUAAGGAAUGUUUGGCCACAUCCUCUGGAACCUCUAGGAUGAAUUAUGCCCCUAUGAUUCAAGAUGAUAUGCAUUUGCUUGGGGAUAUUCAUUCAAGAUUUUCCACAAAGCUUAGACAGCCGUUAUAUCUCAAUGAAUAUGAGGAAAAUCACAGUUAUAAUACGCUGGAAGAUUAUGCAGCUGGCCAUAAGGGACUGACAAGCUACCAGUCUGAUAAAGUUAGUUCUCUUAGGGGUGACAAUAUGGAUCAUGUAUAUCCUAAAGGGAGACCAAGAGAUACUAGUGAUUAUGGUCAUUCAUAUGUAAGGACUACUUUGCCUGAACAGGCAGUACUUGACAAUAGGCAUGCUCGGGCACAAAUUCUUUUGGAACCCCUUGGAGAGAAUAUUAGUGACAAUGAGUUCCCUCGAAGAGAUGUCAUCAACAGUACAUCAUGGGAUCACCAUUCUUUGAACAAACAACCAGUUUCAAUGAGCUUUUUUGAUGGCAGAUCAUUAGCGAGAUCAACCCAAGGUCAGUUUUAUUUGGAUUCUAAUGAUACUAAUGUUGAUACACAAAAUGUAAGAGAAUCAGACAUAGAAAAUUUGGAUGUUCCCUGUCAUGAAGAGAUUCAUAUAAGGCGACUGGAUCAUAGCAGCAAGGACGAACAUUCUAAUUUCUAUGCUGAGAGGGGGAGGAGAUCACCCCGUCUUGAACAUGAAAUGGAAAUGCUUGGAGAUAGGGUUCGUCCAAAGAAGAUUGAAUCGGGUGUAAUUGAAUGCAAUGGUCAUCCAAUAAAGUCAGAGAAGAGGAAGUACAUUUUAGAUGAAGAAAUGAUGGGGCACAGUUCUGGACGGAUUGUGUUCAGUGAUAGGAAGAAUAACAUUAACAGAACUCAAGAUAUAGAUUACAGGAACGAGGUGUGGGAUGAUCAAGAUGCUAGCUGCUUACUGUCUCCGGAGAACUUUGAGGAUGAUAAAUGGCUUGGAAAGCCAGAAAGGUUAUACAGCAGAGACCUUAACGGUAGAGUUGCUGCCACUAAUGGCUUAUUGUCAUAUCGUGGUUCAAUAAAUCAGGGAAAAGGAUACCUUAUUAGACCAUAUAAUCCUGGUAAAAAGCAAAAGGUGUAUGAGAAUCCCAGUUCACUUAGACAGUAUGUUUCAAUUCAAUGUAACAAGAAACAUCAUCUUACAAAAAAUGUUUGGAUAAGAGACAAAGAUGAUAAACAAACAGAAGCGUCUGACCAUGUGGUGAAAGAAUUAAAGGAUCAGGUAGCUUGUGCAAAACCUGAGUUGCCUGAAGACUCAAUUGAAUUUACGCAAUUGGUACAUAAUUUCUCCCUAUCUUAUACCAAAAAGUUGAAUGAGAGUGUUGCAACUCAGAAAAGAUACAAGGAGCAAGGCAGGGCUGGUGGCUUAUUCUGCAUUGUUUGUGCCAAUAGUCAAUUGAAAGAGUUCAAAGAUACUCGAUCCUUGGCAGUACAUUGUUAUAUGUCGCAAAAGGUGUGGUUGAAAGCAAAACACUUGGGUCUUCACAAGGCAAUAUGUGUCCUCAUGGGGUGGAACAAUGAUGCACCCCCUGAUGGCAAACUAUGGUUACCGGUGGCUGUUCCUGCCCCUAAUGCUUUAGCCCAGAAAGAAGAUCUUAUUCUCUGGCCACCAGUGGUUGUUAUACAUAACUGCUCUGGAUUGGUAACUGGCCUAGAUGGGCAAAAAGUUACGACUACUGAAGCUGUUGAGAACUUUCUAAGAGGUAAAGGUUUUAGUGGUGGUAGAAUGAAGGUUUGUAUGGGGAAGCCUGGUAAUGGCAGUGUAUUACUGGUGAAGUUCUUGGGCACUAUUCCUGGCAUUCAGGAUGCAGAAAAGCUUCAUAACUACUUCAUGGAAGAAGAGCGUGGAAGGAAAGACUUUAGAGUAAUAACUACAACCAAGGGAAAAGGCAUCGACAACAGAAAUGUGAAGGGGGGUAAAGCUGAGGAAAUUUCGUUCUAUGGAUUCAUGGGAAUAGCUGAAGACUUGGAUAAAGUUGAUAUUGACACCAAGAGGAGAAGUUUAAUCAAGAGCAAAAAGGAGAUUCGUGAUUUUGUAGAUGCUCCUGUCAAAUCUGAGGUGAAGAUUAAGGAUUAAA